GACGUCAUCUGAGGUAUAAAAGCGCUUGUCGACAAUUUUCGACGACAGGUACCGAGUUAGAAUCGUCGUGGCAAGGGCGAAAGUUGAAAAAUGGCAGCUCCUGUGGCUAUUUUAGCUGUUCUUGCCUUCAUAGCUUCUGUCCAGGGUGUUGUACCUCCAGGGUAUGUAUUGGAUAUUUCACCUGACUGUGGGGCAAAUGGUAUUUCCGACGCUGCUGUACAUCUGAUGACUGACUUCGACGCCGAGGCCAAGGCGAUCUGUGCCGGCAACAAGGAAGUUAGCUUCACCACGCAUGAUGGAGUGUUCUUUAAUCUACCCGUCUCCUACCCUACUUCCGGGAAAUCAACAUGUAAAUUUGUGAAAAAGAAAGACGCCUUUGUGUACACUAUUCUGGUGAUUGUUGCGUUCGGUAGUCCCGGUAGCCGUCUCCACCAGUCGGAUGAACGAUACACCGUCACGUGCUCCUUCCAACCAGGGGGCAACAAGAAGAGCUUCCCACUCACGAUCAAGCCAGGGGACACUGCUCCCAGGGUGGUGGAAGGAAACACGCCUCCAAAGAGUCCCUCUGUCAUCCAUCUGUACCUGGUCAACAUCGUUGGCAAGAAGAUAACUGGUUCCGUGUCAGCGGGCAAGAGUGUCAGACUGAAGGCCGUAACUCUCGGACCUUCUGACAAGGGAAUCCGACCGGAGUCGUGCGAUGCUGUCAACUCAAAGGGCGCCCGAUUCUCUAUUCUAAGAUCAGGGUGUGGAGACGGAAUGGUCAUGAAGCAGACGAAAGGUUUCAGAACCUAUGGCAAGGUGGCAUACAGCGCUUUCUUUAAACUAUUUACAGUCAACGGGGACCCACAACUAAGUAUAGAUUGCAACUUUACCAUCUGCGCCAAAACGUGCAAUGGGCCGUCGUGUUAUUUUGAAUGGCGUAGACGCAGGGAGCUGCCAGGUGACGGUGCUGGAAACUUUCAUAGGAGUUCCAUCAGUUUUGCCAGGACUGAAAUGAUCACGUUGAACGGCGUUUCUGAUGAUGUUCUGCCACAUCCCGCAGCUCCUCGGCCGCGUGCCUGACGCAACCAGUAAAUCCUGUAAUAUUUUUUAAACUGGUGAUUGGACAAUAAAAAAAUAAAAUGAUA